UCGAGAACAACAAAUCUCAAGCUUUUGUAGUUCUAACGCUUUGUAAUAACUUCAUUAAUUCGAAAGCAGUCGCAGUAGUCGGACGCAUCUGCAAUUUCCUCAGAGUAUUGUAAUCUGAAGUUGCGUUUAGUUGUGCACUCCGUGUCUGAGCUACAAUGUACAAACUGCUGAGUGUGUGGGCGCUGGUGCUGCUGUCUGUACAGAUAGUCCACUCCUGGGACUAUGCGCUGGCGUUAGAAAAACGAAUAGAUUUUUUUAAAAACGAUACGAUAACACACAGCAUCACUAGCCACCAGUUUAAGAACCUCACGGCGUUAGCUUACGACGCACUCCACGACACGCUCCUGAUCGUCGACCAACAGACAGACAACUCUUCCCUAUACAGAUUUAACUUCACAUCCAACGACAUCGAGCUCAUACUUACCAGGAAACAGAUCCAGAGUAUAGUCCACGACCCAGCCAAGGAUUUACUUUUCUGGGUCCAGGAAAGAAACAUUUUCUCGAUACCACUAAAGUCUGGAUCUAAAUGCGACGUCAGUGACCAAAAUCUUGUAAUUGAGUUACAUGAUGAAAUCCCUAGUUCUAUUGCAGUGGACAGUUGUGAAGGGUUUGUUUACUGGACCAACAAAAACAUUGCGAAGCCUACAAUAGAGAGAAUUCGAUUUGAUGGCACCGUAAGAGAAGUGGUGCUAGACAAGGAUAUCCAUGAGCCUUAUCAUCUUGUCAUCGACCCUCAGAUAAAGCAAAUGUUCUGGAUUGAUAUGAGACAUAAUGAAACCUAUAAUUAUCAAAUUAAGACUGCGGAUUUGAAUGGAAUGAACGAAAAAGCUAUUGGACUGGGUAAUGGUCGUAGCCCAACAACAUUGACAGUCUCAAGCCAAUUUAUUUAUGGUAUCGAGCAAGAUUUAUUUAUAUAUAUUUAUAAAAUACAGAAACCCAAGGGGGCCAUUCCCUAUGUUCAUGAAUCUAAGCCUGAAGGCCAUCCAUCAUUAAUAAUCGCGUCCAAAUAUACGCUUGAAGAACAAACUAGUGGAAUUCAGGAAUGUAAAACUUUAACUAGUUUGCUACAAAAUAAUUCAGAGAACGAAACCUCUCGUCAUAUAUCGGAGCUCAAGAGCCUCAUUUGUGUUCAUGGUGAGAAGGCUAAUGCCACAUCUUGUACAUGCGCGCCUGGCUAUAUCGGCGAGAGAUGCGAUGUGUCAGUCUGUCAGAACUAUUGCAACCACGGCACCUGCAGUGUCAGUGAUGAGGGGGAACCCUCUUGCGGAUGUGAGUCUGGUUAUUCUGGAGCGAGGUGCGACAUCAACAUGUGCUUCAAUUACUGUCUGAACAACGGUGUUUGUUACUUUACUGAAGAGAAAGAACCACUCUGCCAAUGCAGUGGAAAUUACCGUGGUUCCAGAUGUGAAGCUGCCAGAAAUGACACAGUUAGCCCUACGUUCAGUUCAGGAGAUAAAAACUACACUUUGGUCGAUUUGUUGUUUAAUCGGCGAAAAAUGAAUGGCAAAUUUAUUGUAAAUUUUGAAGUAGAGUCUGAAUAAGAUUUUGAUCAGUAUGCAAGUGCCUUAUUUUGUGUUAUCUUUGUCUUACUCAAUAAAAACUGCUUGUAAUAAUUGCCACAAAA